AUGGCCACCCAGAUGUUCGAGGGGAGAGGGCACGCAGCCAUCUACCAGAAAUACAGGUUUGCACCAGGCAACGAGCUGCAGCAAACCAUCCUCACCUACCUGCAGGAAAAGAGGGUAAACCCUCCUGAGCUGGUGGUGGAUGUUGGCUGUGGGUCUGGACAAGGCACCCGCUUUCUUGCGGGGCACUUCAAGAAGGUGGUGGGAACAGACAUCAGUGAAGCACAGAUCCAGGAGGCCAAGGAUGCACCCUCCCCACCCAGCGUCUCCUACCUCGUGUGCCCUGCAGAGGAGCUGCCAUUCGAGGAUGCCUCAGUGGACGUCCUGACUUCGUUUACAGCCGCGCACUGGUUUGAUAUCGAGAAGUUCAUGAGAGAAGCAACCCGGGUGAUUAAGCCGGGUGGUUGCGUGGUCAUCAGCACCUACACUGCAGACAUGAGUCUGCACUAUGGAAACUGCUCUGAACAGCUGACCAAAAUCUUCGGGGAGGCCUGGGACGUGCUUUUAAAAUACUCACAUAAUAGAAUAAAAAUUGUCUUGGAAGACUACAAAGAGAUCUUUGAGGCCUUGCCGUUCCCAGACAAGAAAAGAAUCACUGAUAUCUUUGACAAAAUUCCCAUGACGGUUGCUGGUGUGGUUGGUUACCUGGAGUCUGUCUCUCCGUAUCAAUCCUUUAUGAAGAAUGACCCCGAAGCUGCAAAAUCCCUCCUCCAAGAGACUGAAAAGAGGAUGCUGGAGGCAAUGGGAGUUUCUUCUCGUGAAACGCCAGUGGAGUUCUGGGUGAGGCAUGUCUGCGUGCUGGGGUGCAAGGGACAGUGA